GAGACACACACAGACAAGACGAUGUUGAUGGGUGUCAUGCCAUGCAUUUAUUAGCUCGCUUCUACUCCCACUUUUAAUAUGAAAAACAGUGUUUGGAGAGUGGCACAGGCUGGGUUACGAGAGAGGCAUAUUGCUGGUUUAUGCGUCUGAUUAUUGAUGGGUAAUUGCUGGUUUAGAGGAAGUUCUUUCAGCUACGAAGUAUCCUCAAAUGGCAAGGCAGAUUCUCAGAAAGUCUCCACUCCUUCAGUCAGAAAAGAGGAAAGCCUAAAAUUGCCCUCAAAUCCUGAGGAAGUUGAGGACUUGAGAAGGGAUACUGCAACAAACCAUCUUAUGACAUUCACUUUUGACGAACUCAAGAUCAUUACAGGAAAUUUCCGGCAGGACUAUGUAUUGGGUGGAGGGGGAUUUGGAAGGGUUUACAAGGGUUUCAUCAAUCAAGAUCUCAGGGAAGGGCUUCAACCUCUUCAAGUGGCUGUGAAGGUCCAUGAUGUUGAUAAUAGUUUACAGGGACACAGAGAGUGGCUGGCCGAGGUUAUAUUUCUUGGCCAACUUUCUCACCCUAAUUUAGUCAAGUUGAUUGGUUACUGCUUUGAGGAUGAGCAUCGGGUCUUAAUAUAUGAGUUCAUGCCUCGUGGAAGUGUUGAAUCCAAUCUCUUCUCAAUUGUGCUGCUCCCCCUCUCAUGGUCUAUCAGGAUGAAGAUUGCACUUGAAGCUGCUAAAGGACUUGCUUUUCUCCAUGAAGCUGAAACACCAGUCAUAUUUCGUGAUUUUAAAACAUCAAACAUUUUGCUAGACAUGGAUUACAAUGCAAAACUUUCUGAUUUUGGGCUUGCAAAAGAUGGACCAGUCGGGGAUGAAUCUCAUGUUUCUACGCGCAUUAUGGGAACUUAUGGAUACGCAGCUCCAGAGUAUCUCAUGACAGGGCACUUGACGGCCAUGAGUGAUGUUUACAGCUUUGGAGUUGUCCUCCUUGAACUCCUUACUGGAAGGAAAUCACUGGACAUGUCACGUCCAGUCCACCAACAAACACUCACUGAUUGGGCUGCCCCAUUGCUCACUCAAAAGAAGAAAGUUCUUGAAAUCGUCGACCGAAGAUUAGGGGGCGACUACCCUGAGAAAGCUGUUCAAAAGACAGCAAUGCUCAUUCACCACUGCCUUAACCGGAACCCCAAGGCAAGGCCUCUAAUGAGGGACAUCGUCGAUUCCUUGGAGCCCCUUCAGGUAGCUGCUGAGUUACCACCUGCACCAGUGUAUGAAUUUUAGUCAUAGUCAGUGGCUACCUCAUUUAGCUCAUGUAUUUUCAACACUUGAAGUUACAUUUUUAUUAUUAUUUUCUUCCUCCGAUGCUAUUUAAUUCUUUUCUCAAUUGCCGAAUACACAAGGCAGACACAAUCGCCAAUGUAAACAAAUGAUCUGAACAUAAACUAUAUAUUUAUAAGUCGUCGAUUGAGAGAAAA